AUGCCUCCUCGAAUGACUAUCCCCAAGGCUGCCUCGCUGGUCAUCACCCUGAGUGGCGGCCUCGUGCACACAUACCUUGCGCUGAAGCUGGCGUCGUCGUGGGCGACGCUGCGGGCGCUUGAAGCGGAGACGGAGUACGAGAACGCCUUCCGGCUUGACGGGCUGCGUGUGCUGUUCCUGCUGGUCGCGCUGUACCUGAUCGCGGCGUCGUGCAUCUCCUUCCUCGGCUUCAGCGGCGUGCUCCGGGCGCGCCCGUCGCACGUGCGCCUGUACCGCGACUGCGCGAGCGCCGACCUCGCCUUCACCGCCCUCCUCGGCCUCGUCGCCGCCGCCGUCGCCUUCCACCCGGGCACCCCCGCGCCGACGUGCGACGCCCCCGAGCUCGCGCCGCUCCUCCCGCUGAUCGGCGCGGUGCUCGCCCCGUUCCUCCCUGCGCAGCUCGCCCCCGACGAGGCCUGCGAGCGCUACCUCACCCAGCUCGGCGUCGCCGCCGCCGCCGCCCUCCUCGUCCUCGCCGUCGUCCGCGUCCACUUCCUCCUCGCCGUCAACACCCACUACGCCGCCCUCCUCCGCCAGCAGCAGCGCGCACCAGACACGGAGGCGGACGCCACCCACCGCAUCCGCCUCCUCCCGCUCCCCCCGCGGCGUCCCCGCCGCCGACGUCGUCUACGCCCCCGUCCACGUGCCCGCCGCCGUCGCCGCCCGCGCCGAGACCUGGGUCCGCGUCGACGAGGAGGCCGCGGACGCCGGCCUGCUCGACGUCAGCGUCGUCCGCACCAAGCGCGAGUGGAUCUGAAUACCCCGCUGUACAUACCGUCUUAG